AUGGCUGAUAAGGUACGGCAAAAGAGACCUCCCUCCCGGCUGUGUAACUCCGCCAGCCACACUUCCUCUAGCUAUUGACUCUAUCCAAACUCUUUCCCCAGAGUUCAAACGCAGUGAUUUAUAAACUUUUUAUCAGUGUGUUGCCUUUAUACAGACAUCAGCCCGAAGAGUGAUACAGGGAAAUGCACCCUAAAGCCAAUCAAGAUGUGGUAGAGGGUGAAAGUAAGACUGAUAUUGAGGGAUUGGCACCCAUAUUUAUACCAAGAAAACUCUCUUAACAUACAAUGGUGAGACAUACAGUACAUUAUUUACAUUGGAACUUCACACUGCAGGGGGUCAUGAGUAGAACAAUAGUGAGAUUCCUGCCUACAAACAAUAUUAAUUGAUUUGCUAAAAUAACAUACACUACCAUCCCAUCAAAUCAAAUUUUAAAACAAACAGGAUUUUAAAUGUAAAUGGAGGUCCAGGUGGAAAAAAAGUAAUUAAAACCUUCUCUCUAAGCAUAGCAGCCACCGUGCAUGUUCUGUAGUUGCUAUGGUAACUCCCCAGCCAAUGCUGCCAGCGCUGGCUGGGGAGUAUAGGUACAGAGUGACUGACGUUACCUGUUCAAAUGCUGGAAAUUACUCCGGCAUGUUGGCGGCACAGCGUAGGUUUGCUCUGUUUGAAGAAUUGUCUCCAAGCAAGGCAAAGCAAAGAAGACUGCAAAUGAGGGCUGGCAUUUGUUAUUACAAAAGUUAAGUGAAGAACCACAAACAAACUUUGACAUUGUCCUGAUGCCAUCAGAUGAUUUCACAAAUCACAUAAAGUUACAUUGUCUUCUCUAUAAGCAUCAAACCGGAACAGACACAGCACAAAACACAUGCUAUACUCUGACUGUUAUACCUUAGUUUAAAUGAAGUGUCACUAUUUGAAAACCAUGCCUUGGUUACCCAUGUUGUGCUAGGAUGGUUUGGAAAAACGAAAUGUUAUAUAUUCAUUCCUACAUACUAAUGUCACUGUUUUGACUCUCAUUCACUCUUAUUCACUCUUAUGAGACUGCCCUGAUUAAAGUUACUAAUUAAUUCUUCUUGUCCUCUCAUGCCUUUCACACUGUUGAUCAUGUUCUUCUCUAAACUCUCCUAUUCCUUGGUCCCUGCAACACUGUCUUUUCAUGGUUCUCCUCCUAACUCUCCCAAAUGUUCGUUCAGUGUGUCCUUGUCGAAUGAGGACUCCUCCCCUCUUCCUGUCUCUGUUCUUGCUCCCCUUCUUGUCUUUCUGUAUGUCAUCUCUCUUGGCAAACUCAUUAAUUAUUUUAGCUUCGACUACCCCCUGCUCAUUCCACCUUAAAAACAUUGCCUGCAUCCGCACUUUUCUUAAGCAAGAUGCUUUCCUAACUGGUCUCCCCAGAAGCCGUACUGCCUGCUACAAUUUGUAAUGAAUGCUGCCGCCCGGCUGAUCUUUCUCUCCGGCCGCUCCUCUAACACCUCGCUCCUCUGUCAAUCCUUACACUGUAUCCUAUAGGUGUCAAUUCAAAAUACUAACCCUUACCUAUAAGGCUCUUAAUAACUCCUGUUACAUUUCUUCACGGAUUCAUAGGUAUGCCCCUUCUCAGUUUCUCUUCUCUGCCGGUGACCUUCUCCUGUCAAGCUCACGUUUGCAGGACUUUUCAAAGGCGGCUUCUCAGACUUUCCUCUAGUAUUUAAUUGUUAAAGAAGUUCUUCAAAACCCAUCUGUUUAGAAAUGCUUAUGGCCUCACAAAGUAACUUCUAUGUCUCAAAUCUGUCUCUGGCUCUCUCCUAAAGAGACACACUCCACUCUCACAUCCACUUGUGUUUUUUCCACCUUGUUUUUUGUUGUCCCCUUUGAUGCCCUUCCUAUUAUGUUCUUAUACUGCACUCCUUUACGCUGUAAGCUCGUCUAAGCAGGGUCCUUAUCUACUUAUUGUUCCUGUAUCAUUUAUUGUUAAAUUUCCCACUUCUAUAAUCUUGUAAAGAGCUGUGAAAUAAGUUGACGCUAUAUAAAUACCAAUAAUAAUAGGUCAGUUCUCUGAUUUGCAUAGUGACUUGGGAAUCAUUCAAAAUAAGUAGUAUUCUGAGCAAAGGGGCAAUUGUACUUUAUUGAAGGAUAUUUGUUCCUAGAUUGAUGGUAACAGAGCAGUACCACCAUUAGUGGGAAAUGGCCACAAUCAAUGUAUUUUACAUUGUGAACAAAGAUUGAAUGAGUCUGGGAAAAUCUUAUGAAGCCUUUCUAGACAAAAUAUAAACAUUACUCUUUCACAGAAACAGUAAUGUUUUACAUUGCCAGGAAAAAGGGUCGUUUUUCCUUCGUUAAAAUGUCUUUAUGAGUCUGUGUUCUUCAAAAAUGUGGAAGUCGCUGGAUAAAAAGUAAUAUUAUCUCUCAUUAUAUUUUUAAAUGUAAGAGAUCAGUGAUAUUUUAUUAUUAAUUACCCCACCUCCCUUUUUUUAUGGAUAUCCAGGUAUUUAGGUGUUCAUGUUCAUGUAUUUCAGCUUUCUUCCUCUCAGUAUUUAAGUAUUGUGAAAAAAAUUCAAGAAGUUGUUUGUAACAAGCAAGAGUCUGGUAGUUUUGGAGUCAUCUGCCCAGUAAAAGGUCAGCAGUGCAUUGCCCAGUAUGAAGAUGAAGACUGGUAUAGAGCAGAAGUUGUUGGUAAGAACAAUGUGUAUGUUUAACUAGUUCACAAUAGCUCAUGUUGUUAUGUGUGUGUGUGUAUAUGUUAUUUAUGUUUGAGCAAUUGUUCAACUGUGAAGGUGAAAGGAGGGUUCUCGCCAUGGAGGGAGGAGAUGGGGAGGAAGAGAAAGCAUGCUCUAAAGGCGCACUCCAGACCUUUAAAAAACUUCAGCUGCGAAGAAUUUGUUCUCUUUUUUUUUUAAAUCUUACAGAUAAUAGAAAUUGACACUUUUUUAUAAAUCUUGUUACACCUGACAGCUGGUCCUGUUACUUCCUGGUUCCUUAGCUCAGUAGAGCUAGAGGGAGCAAUUUCCCAGAGCAACUACCUUGCAAAGACUUCUCAUUGAGUUGAAUUGGGGAAUCUAAUUGGACAGCCACAGAAAGUCUGGGCUGGGUUCGAAGGGAUUAUUAUUAUGAUAUUUAUAUAGCGCCAUCAAAUUCCGCAGCACUUUACAAUGGGUGGACGAACAGACAUGUAGUUGUAACCAGACAAGUUGGACACACAGGAACAGAGGGGUUGAGGGCCCUGCUCAAUGAGCUUACAUGCUAGAGGGAGUGGGGUAAAAUGACACAAAAAGGUAAGGAUAGUAUUAGACUAGUGACAGUUGCAGAAGAGGAAUCAGUCAGGAGCUAUUAACAGUUUAAUCGAUACGCUUUUAUGAAGAAGUGGGUUUUUAAUGAUUUUUUUGAAAGAGUGGAGACUGGGUGAGUAUCUAACGGAGGAGGGAAGCGAGUUCCACAGGAACGGUGCAGCCCUCGAGAAAUCUUGAAGGCGAGCAUCAGAGGUGGGAGUACGGACAGAAGAUAGACGCAAGUCUUCAGCAGAUCGUAAGGACAUAGACGGGACAUACUUGUGUAUAAGGGAGGAUUGAUAGGUGGGAGCAGCAUUAUGUAGAGAUUUGAAAGCAAGAACCAGAAUUUUAAAUUGAGCUCUAUAUUUUAUAGGAAGCCAAUGUAGGGACUGACAGAAGGGUGAGGCAUUGGAGGUGUGGGAGGACAGGAAGAUGAGCCUCGCUGCCGCGUUCAUUAUGGACUAUAAUGGCGCAAGUUGGGAGCACGUAAGACCACUGAGGAGCGGAUUACAGUAGUCAAGGCGAGAAAGGACAGUGGAAUGGACCAACACCUUAGUCGCAUCUGGCGUUAAGUAGGGGCAGAUGCGCGCAAUGUUUUUGAGAUGGAAAUGACAGGAUUUCGCGUUAGAUUGAACAUGAGGCUUGAAGGAGAGGUUGGAGUCAAAGAGAACACCUAGGCAGCAAGCCUGCGUGGUGGAGCUGAUGGUAGCACCGUUGACUUGGAGGGAGACAGACACAGGAGUAACAACACUUGAGGGAGGAAAGACCAGAAUUUUAGUUUUGGUCAAGUUUAGUUUAAGGAAGUGGGCAGAAAGGCAUCAGAUAAGAGAUCUGCAACUUUUAGUACCCCAUAUGAAAAAAUGCAUAAUUAAAUGCAAUGCGUGUUUUAAUUUUGCAAUGAAGUGUCCCUUUAAUUUAACCAAGAGGUUACUGAUAUUUUCCAAGAAUGCAAUUUAUUAGGUGAAAGUUAUUAUGUGUUCUAAGAUGUGAUACUGGGGUCCUUGGGUAGGUGCCAGUGUCAAAACCGCUAUCUUCCCACAGUACUUAAAGGACCACUAUAGGCACCCAGACCACUUCAGCUCAAUGAAGUGGUCUGGGUGCCAGAUCCUUCUAGUUUUAACCCUGCAGCUGAAAACAUAGCAGUUUCAGAGAAACUGCUAUGUUUACACUGAGGGUUAAUACAGCCUCUAGUGGCUGUCUUACUGAAAAUCACAGUGAGAAGACGCUGACGUCUAUAGUAAAGCAUUGAGUAAUGCUUUCUUAUGGGCGGCUUGAAUGCGCGCGGCUCUUGACCUGCAUGCGCAUUCGACGCUGACGUUAGCAGGAGGAGGAGAGUUCCCCUGCGCAGAGGGAGCCCGGCACUGGGGAAAGGUAAGUGGCUGAAGGGGUUUUAACCCCCUUCAGCCCAGCAGGAGGGGGGCAUGAGGAUGGGGGGAACCUAAGGACUCCAUAGUGCCAGGAAAACAUGUUUGUUUUCCUGGCACUAUAGUGGUCAUUUAAGGCAAGCAAUUUUCUAGAUGUUUUGCUGGGCUAUAUAAACAGAGAAGCUGUUGCGAAACAUUGACAUGUUUACAGCUGGUGUUAAUAUAAGAGUUUAAUAUUGAUCUUAUUGGAACAAACCACUUGCAUAAUGUAUUCCUCAACUGCAUUGAUUUAGUCUUAAAUACCUACUCUGAAAUAUAAAUUGUUACAUUAUUAAUCCUUUAGAAAAUUAUAUUGAACAUAUAUAAUAAAAUCAGUAUGAAUUUAGCAAUAUUAGUAAUCAAACAAAUGUCAUAUGAUUUAGACAGUGGGGAGUCACAGCUGCUGAUUUGUGUGUUUUUCUUGGUUAAUUUGAUUACCACUACAGUGUAAUCUAAUUAUACAUCUCUUUCCAUCUAGGGAUACCUAAUCUUCAAGAAGUUGAAGUAAAAUUUGUUGACUUUGGUAAUAUUGCCAAAGUCAAUAUGAGAAAAAUAAGAAGAAUAGAAGAAGAAUUGCUAAGAUUUCCAUGCCAGGUAAAUGAUCUUGUUUUAUUAAAGUAAGUGGGUCAGCGCUCAGCCUCUUCUGACAGGGAGGGGGCGCAUUAGGCAUUGACUCAAUGAUUUUACUGAUGCUGGAAAAUCCAUGAAAUACAUAGGAGAGCAUUGCCUCAAUGUAGGAGACCUGGAGUACAUUAACAUCCAGCAAGUGCCUCUAGUGGUGGUCUGAUUGACUAGAGCAGGGGUAGGCAACCUAUGGCAUGUGUUGCACGGCACUAAGAUUGAUUGAACCAAACAGGCUCUGGCCCAUCAGGAGUUACAGUCCCUGUGACACCAUGCCACAGAUUGAUUAAUUACAAACUGCCGUGUCAUUUUUUCUGUUGGUGCACGGGAAGCCAGUACAUGCUAUGAUUGCGGAAUGUAAUUGGCUCUUGCUGGGUGUCUCAAGCAUGAGACAUUCAGAAAUUAUGUUUGUGAUCCUCCCCCCAGACUCUUUGCCUAGUAUGCACUGAUUAGUGCUUUAAAAACGGCUUCUGCACUUCUUCAUAAUAAGGGAGCCUGACAGUUCUGCUUCCCAAUUAGCUUCUGUGUUAUCUGUUCUCCCUAGCAGCCAGGCAAUCAUGGUAAUCGCAUGCCUUAUUAUUGUGGUAGAGACCCAGGAUGAAAGUCAACCAAGGGGCAAGUCUAUAAAAUAG